CCCGAUGCGCUGGGUCGAAGAAUCUUGUGUGGCACGGAGUAUGCGACUGUGCGCUACGUUGGCAGUGUUUCUUCUACAGCAGGAAUUUGGCUUGGUGUGGAAUGGGAUGAUCCUCAGAGAGGAAAGCAUGAUGGUAGCUAUGAAGGAACACAGUAUUUUAAGUGCAGGCAUCCUAGAGGAGGAUCGUUUAUCCGGCCAAACAAGGCAAAUUUUGGAGUAGAUUUUCUUAGUGCAGUAAAGGAUCGGUAUGCACUGAAUGAUGAGCGAGAUGUUCAACACGGGACAGAGAAUACACUUGUAUUUGGAAAGAAGACUGUGGAAUUCAUUGGCAUGGAUUCUAUUGCAGAACAACAAAGCCAGCUGAACCAACUGGUCGAUAUCUCGGUGCGGGAGUGCGCCGUGAGCCACGCUGGUCAGGAGGAGGAAAUCCUCAGAGCCUGUCCUAAUAUCAGGCAUAUAAAUCUGUCAAAAAAUCUUAUAUCAUCUUGGGAGACAGUAACAGCAAUCGCUUCUCAAGUUCAAAAUCUGGAAACACUUAAUAUCAGUGAAAACAAAAUGAAAUUCCCACCUACAUCAACUUCUGUAUCCAGUGUAUUUUCAAAAUUGAGGAUUCUGGCACUUAAUCAGACACAGAUAACAUGGACAGAGGUUCUUCUUUGUGCUCCAGGAUGGCCAGCUCUUGAAGAAUUGUACCUUACUUCUAAUAAUAUUACAGCUUUGGAAAGGCCUGAUAAUGUCCUGCAGACCCUGAAGCUGUUAGACCUUUCAGACAACCAGUUAGUGGAUGGAAAUCAGCUGCAUCAAAUAGCACAUCUUCCCAGAUUAGAACACCUAAUACUGAGAAACACUGGAAUAUCUUCUAUACACUUUCCUGAUGCUGGAUUUGGGUGCAAGACUAAAAUGUUUCCUUCACUAAAGCACCUUGUAAUAAGAGACAAUAAAAUAUCAGAGUGGUCGUCUAUCAAUGAGCUUGAUAAACUGCCAAGUUUAGUGUCACUGCAGUGUCACAAUAACCCUUUGAUGGAUACAGAGAAGAACCCAGAGACCCUGAGACAGCUAAUUAUUGCCAAGAUAAGUCAAUUGGAGGUUUUGAACAAGUCUGAGAUCCCUCCCGCUGAACGAAAAGGAGCGGAGCUUGAUUAUCGCAAAAUAUUUGGAAAUGACUGGUUAGCAGCUGGUGGGAAUUGGGACCCAGAGAAGAACAAACCAAGUGAAGGAUUUCUUGCUGCCCAUCCCAGAUACCCGUCACUUUGCCUCAAGUAUGGUGCCCCUGAAGAAGGAGAACUGAAGGGACAACAGCCUUUGACACUGAAAAACCAGCUUCUGACUUUGACAAUUAAAUGUCCUGAGAAACCUGAACAGAAGCCAGUAGAGAAAAAGCUACCAGAGUCUAUGACUAUUCAGAGGGUCAAAGGACUGCUGUAUCGCCUACUUAAAAUUCCUGGUUCAGAACUGAAACUGUCCUAUGAAAGUUCUAAACUGGAAGGAAAAGAAGUUGAACUGGACAAUGACUUAAAGCCUCUGCAGUUCUACUCGAUAGAAAAUGGAGACUGCGUGUUGGUGCGGUGGUGA